CUGCACUGGAGGGGUGGGUAGAUGCUGGCACAGGGAGGAGGGGCGGGCCAGCCUCCUGGAUGAAAGGCUGCUGCCAGGUUAAAGAUGGAGGAGGAGCAUGGCAUUGAGAUGGAGUUCAGUUAGGAGCCCAGACCUGGAGGGAAGGAGGGGCUGCCUUCCUUGGGGCUGAGAGGGGCAGUGGGGGCCCUGGGAGUGUGUGGGUGUGGGGUGGGGCCAGCAUUCCAGAGAUACUCAGGGGGGUAAGGGGCCAGCAACCGCGACCUUUCUCUCUUCUCAGAAAAAUUAUAAGCAGAUGUGGGCGCCUCGGGGAGUGUAGAGCAGGGAGCCAGAGAGUUUUGGGAACACGGAACGCAGAACCUGAAGCCGGCCGUAGGGGUGGGCGCGGCAGGAGCUCAGCCUCUCCUGAGCUCAGGAGCUGAGGGAGCAGAGUUGCAUGAAGUCCCGGGAGCCGGAGGUGGUGGGGAUGGAGAGGACCCCAUUUCCAAAUGGCCGACAGAAUGUGAGGGAGGCGGGAGCUUUUUCUUAAAUGCAAGGUCACCAGGUUGGCGACCUCCUCAGGCGAUGGCCCCUAGAGCUGCGUGUAGCGUGCUGGCUAAGGUGUCACUACUGACUGUGGGAAGCGGGGACUGGCCUUGGGUUGUAGUGUUUGCUAGUUUCUCUGGUGUAAAUAACCCCCAUGCCUGAUUCAUUGAACACGUUGCUAGGAAGAGAUGCGUACCGAGCUGGCUCCAGCACACCGCUGGUUGGGAGGUCACCUGGACCCAGCCCCAUUCCCACCACAUAGACAGUAUUGCAUCAGGCUGGUUUUGGCUUCUGCCUGCAUACAUCCAGUGAUGGGGAGCUCACCGCCUGAGGCAGCCAAUUCCAUUCCCGAGCUGCUCUGACUUGGAAGGUUCUUCCUCUGACUGAGCCCAAGGCUGCAUCCCUCAUCACUUCCCCUCACUGCUUCCGAUCUCACACCUUGGCCCACGGCUCAGAUCUCUGCAGACAGGUCCUCCAGGCUGCUCGCUGCAGCGCCCCUGCCCACUCUGUGCCAGCCCUGGGGCAGGCCUCUGCAAUGUCACUGCCUCUGCACCCUCUUCUUCUCCUGGCCCUGGGCCUGGGGCUGGCUGAAACUCUCAACCCCAGUGAUCCCAACACCUGCAGCUUCUGGGAAAGCUUCACCACCACCACCAAGGAGUCCCACUCCCGCCCCUUCAGUCUGCUCCCCUCGGAGCCCUGCGAGCGCCCCUGGGAGGGCGCUCAUACUUGCCCCCAGCCCACGGUUGUGUACCGGACCGUGUACCGUCAGGUGGUGAAAACGGACCACCGCCAGCGCCUGCAGUGCUGUCAAGGAUUCUAUGAGAGCAGUGGUUUCUGUGUCCCACUCUGUGCCCAGGAGUGUGUCCAUGGCCGUUGUGUGGCACCCAAUCAGUGCCAAUGUGUACCAGGCUGGCGGGGCGACGACUGUUCUAGUGAGUGUGCCCCAGGAAUGUGGGGGCCACAGUGUGACAAGCCCUGCAUCUGCGGCAACAGCUCCUGUGAUCCCAAGAGUGGGGUAUGUGCUUGCCUUUCUGGUCUGCAGCCCCCAAACUGCCUUCAGCCCUGUACCCCUGGGUACUAUGGCCCUGCCUGCCAGUUCCGCUGCCAGUGCCAUGGGGCACCCUGCGAUCCCCAGAAUGGAGCCUGCUUCUGCCCCGCAGAGAGAACUGGGCCCAGCUGUGAUGUGUCCUGCCUCCAGGGCACUGCUGGCUUCUUCUGCCCCAGCACCCAUCCUUGCCAAAAUGGAGGUGUCUUCCAAGCCCCGAAGGGCUCCUGCAGCUGCCCCCCUGGCUGGAUGGGCAUCAUCUGCUCCCUGCCCUGCCCAGAGGGCUUUCACGGACCCAACUGCUCCCAGAAAUGUCGCUGUCACAACGGCGGCCUCUGCGACCGAUUCACUGGGCAGUGCCGCUGCGCUCCGGGUUACACUGGGGAUAGGUGCCGGGAGGAGUGCCCGGUGGGGCGCUUUGGGCAGGACUGUGCUGAGACGUGCGACUGCGGCCCGGACGCCCGCUGCUUCCCCGCCAACGGCGCGUGUCUGUGCGAACAUGGCUUCACCGGGGACCGCUGCACCGAGCGCCUCUGCCCCGACGGCUUCUACGGUCUCAGCUGCCAGGCCCCCUGCACCUGCGACCCAGAGCACAGCCUCAGCUGCCACCCGAUGAAUGGGGAGUGCUCCUGCCUGCCGGGCUGGGCGGGCCUCCACUGCAAUGAGAGCUGCCCGCAGGACACGCACGGGCCGGGGUGCCAGGAGCACUGUCUCUGUCUGCACGGCGGCGUCUGUCAGGCUGCCAGCGGCCUCUGCCAGUGCGCUCCGGGCUACACGGGCCCUCACUGUGCUAGUCUUUGUCCUCCGGACUCUUACGGUGUCAACUGUUCCUCACGCUGCUCCUGUGAAAAUGCCAUCGCUUGCUCACCCAUCGACGGCGAGUGCGUCUGCAAGGAAGGUUGGCAGCGUGGUAACUGCUCUGUGCCCUGCCCAUCUGGAACCUGGGGCUUUGGUUGCAAUGCCAGCUGCCAGUGUGCCCAUGAGGGAGUCUGCAGCCCCCAAACUGGAGCCUGUACCUGCACCCCUGGGUGGCAUGGGGCCCGCUGCCAGCUGCCCUGCCCGAAGGGGCAAUUUGGAGAAGGUUGUGCCAGUCACUGUGACUGUGACCACUCUGAUGGCUGUGACCCGGUUCAUGGACGCUGUCAGUGUGAGGCUGGCUGGACGGGCACCCGAUGCCACCUGUCCUGCCCUGAGGGCUUAUGGGGAGUCAACUGUAGCAACACCUGCACCUGCAAGAAUGGGGGCACUUGCCUCCCUGAGAAUGGCAACUGUGUGUGUGCACCCGGAUUCCGAGGCCCCUCCUGCCAGAGAUCCUGUCAGCCUGGCCGCUACGGCAAACGCUGUGUGCCCUGCAAGUGCGGGAAUCACUCUUCCUGCCACCCCUCGAACGGGACAUGCUACUGCCUGGCUGGCUGGACAGGCCCUGACUGCUCCCAGCCAUGCCCUCCAGGACACUGGGGAGAAAACUGUGCCCAGCCCUGCCAAUGUCACCAUGGUGGGACCUGCCAUCCCCAGGAUGGGAGCUGUAUCUGCCCCCCAGGCUGGACUGGACCCCACUGCUUGCAAGGUUGCCCUCUGUGGACAUUUGGUGCUAACUGCUCCCAGCCAUGUCAGUGUGGUCCUGGGGAAAAGUGCCACCCGGAGACUGGGGCCUGUGUAUGUCCCCCCGGGCACAGUGGUGCGCCUUGCAGGAUUGGAAUCCAGGAGCCCUUUACUGUGAUGCCUACCACUCCAGUGGCCUAUAACUCGCUGGGUGCAGUGAUUGGCAUUGCAGUGCUGGGGUCCCUUGUGGUGGCCUUGGUGGCACUGUUCAUUGGUUAUCGGCAUUGGCAAAAAGGCAAGGAGCACCACCACCUGGCAGUGGCCUACAGCAGCGGGCGGCUGGACGGCUCCGAGUAUGUCAUGCCAGAUGUCCCUCCAAGCUAUAGUCACUACUACUCCAACCCCAGCUACCACACCCUGUCGCAGUGCUCCCUGAACCCCCCGCCCCCUAACAAGGUUCCCAGCCAGCUCUUUGCCAGCCUGCAGGCCCCUGAGUGGCCAGGUGGGGCCCACGGGCAUGAUAACCACGCCACCCUGCCUGCUGACUGGAAGCGCCGCCGGGAGCACCCUCCAGGGCCUCUGGACAGGGGAAGCAGCCGCCUGGACCGCAGCUACAGCUACAGCAAUGGCCCAGGCCCAUUCUAUAAUAAAGGGCUCAUCUCUGAAGACGGGCUCGGGGCCAGCGUGGCUUCCCUGAGCAGUGAGAACCCCUAUGCCACCAUCCGGGACCUGCCCAGCCUGCCAGGGGGACCCCGGGAGAGCAGCUACAUGGAAAUGAAAGGUCCCCCUUCAGGAUCUCCCCCCAGGCAGCCUCGUCAGCUCCAGCUCCGGGACAGCCAGAGGCGGCGGCAGCCCCCGCCACAGAGAGACAGUGGCACCUACGAGCAGCCCAGCCCCCUGAUCCAUGACCGAGACUCUGUGGGCCCCCAGCCCCCUCUGCCUCCGGGCCUACCUCCCGGCCACUAUGACUCACCCAAGAACAGCCACAUCCCCGGACAUUAUGACCUGCCUCCAGUACGGCAUCCCCCAUCACCUCCACUUCGACGCCAGGACCGGUGAGGAGUGAGGAUGGUGUGGCAGAGGCCAGCAUACCUGGCUGUUGCUGCCGAAGGCUGGGGACAGAGCCUGGUGUACCCUGCCAGGAGCAGCGAGUGGACCGGCAGGCCAUGAACAUGAACAACACUUAACGGAGCAAGUGAAUGGAGAGACGGGAGCCUUGUUCCCAGGUUCUACUGUGGGAGAGACACUGGUCAGCAGGAUGCCUGGCUCCCUUUCCCACCCCACUGCUCCCAAGGCCCCCAGGGCCCUGUGUACAUAAACUGGUGGGUUGAAAGUUGCUAGGUAACUCUGAUUUCAGACUGAUUUCAAAUGUGUGUGGGGUGCCUUUUCUGUGCAAGCUCAGGCUGGGCUCCGUGUGUGUGUGUUUCUGUGAUUUUGGAAGGGUGCCGAGCGCAGGUCCUGUCCUAGGGCACUUACUGUUUAGUAGGGAGAUGGACCCAACCCAGUUAACUCUCGCAUUAGCCUCCACCUGGCCUCCCUGCAUUCAUUCAGUGAAGCUUCCAAUUCGAGGCUCAAAAUUUCAAAAUACAGGCUGGGUAGUUUCUCCCUACCUGAAAGCCUUCGUAGGUGACCCUUUGCUCUUCUGCCGGUAUCAAAACUUUCCAAGGCCUUAAAGGCCCUGCUUGCCUGGUCUCUACAGCCUCACCUUGAACUGUUUUCCUGUCACUGCGAACCAGUGACACUGGCCUCUAGGUCUUCCCUUAGGCCACAGGGCCACACUUCUUUCUAGCACGGGGACUUGCAUACCUGGAGUGCCCUUCCUCCCCUACUGGCCUGUUCACCACUGCUCUUCCUUUACACCUCCUCUUCAGGGAAGCGCCCCACCCUCCAUGCCUCUUUCACAGCCCUGACGGCAGCUGUGGACACUCACCAGGUACCUGCAGAAGGCCUACAGGGUGCCAGGCGCUUCUUUAAUGUGCUCUUUCUUUAUGUGAUUGAUUAAUCUCUGCCUCCCACGCUAAGAAUGUAAGCUCCCUGAAGGCAGGAAUCCUGUGCUUAUGCUCAAUAUUGGCUCUUCCUUGGCACACAGUAGGGGCUCAAUAAAUGCUCCCCAAAAGGCUGAGUGGCUGACUGAAUUAAACUACCAGUGACUUGCAGUAGUGCUAGGAUAGAUGGGUGUGCGCUGACAGCUACAGACUGAAUAAGUUGGAGACUUCCCUAAAGGGUGGCAUUUCCAUGGGGUGACAACACAGAGCUCAGACGUUGGAAGGUGCCAGGGGCAGGGGUGCAGGGGGGUGGGCCAAGGGGGCUGCAGAGGCUGGAGACAGGAUAUUAGGAGAGAGUAUACAGGCACGCCUCCAUUUAUUGCACUUCACAGGUAGUGGAAUUUUUAAAGAAAUUGAAGGUUUUGGGAAAUAUAGGUGACAGCAAUAGGAAAUUGAAGAUCCGUGUCAACACUGCUUUAAGCAAGUCUGUUGGCACCAUUUUCCCAAAAGCAUGUGCUCACUUUGGGUCUCUGCAUCACAUUUUGGUAAUUUUUGCAAUAUUUCAAACAUUGUCAUUAUUAUUAUAUGUGUUAUAGUGAUCUGUGAUCAGUGAUCUUUGCUAUUGUUGUAAUUGUUCUGGGGCGCCAUGAACUGCACCCAUAUAACACAGCAAGCUUAAUCAAUAAACGUUGUAUGUGUUCUGACCUCUCCACAGA